AUGGUACAUAAUCGGACUGAUCUUGACGACACUUACAAAAUCAGCCGGCUAAGGCAGUGCGUCGAUGCGCAAGCGGUGUCAAUAGUUGGCGGCGUAUACACUGGAGGCUACGACCUACUAUGGGCGGAAUUGAAGAGGAGGUACGACAAUCCCAGGCGUUUGGUUGAGUCACAUGUGAAUCGGUUGUUGGACUUGCCUGAACACCCAGCACUUACGCAACGCAAUGUUCGGAAUGUAAUCGAUGUAGUACGCAGUACCUUACGUGCACUUAACGUGAUGGGCUUGGACACCGACCAUUGGGACGCCAUCGUUUAUCCUAUUGUUAUCCGUAAAUUGCCAACAUCGGCGGUCACGCACUGGACCGUUCUGAGUCAUUCAGACACUCUGCCGCAUCUGCAGAAAAUGCUUGAGGAGAUUGAGACCUAUGCUGACACUUUAAGGAGCAGCUCUGCCGUACCGCCCAGGCACUUGGCAACAUUUCGUACUGCACAGUCACAUAUGGUGAUGCCCAAAUCUUCAAGCGCCAACAUGAUAUCAGCAAUGACCUGCCCACGAUGCGCCGAGCCACAUCGUAUAUCAAGAUGCCCUCAAUUUCGAGCAUUAAGUCUGGUUCAACGUUUGCACUGGGUACGCCAAGCCACGUUAUGCUUCAACUGCUUGGGACCAGGUCACUCGGCCCGUGAGUGUAACUCGGGGAAUUGCAACAACUGUAAGCAGAAACACAACACCUUGCUUUGUAAGGAAGCUCCGCAAGGCGAGCGGUUACCUACAAACACCAGCUCAGUAGCGCGACCAGUGUCCGUACUCGAGCAACAAUCGCCAUCAACCAGCGCUACUACGCCUCAGGUCCUGCCCGUCUGGAUGCUGUCAAGUCUCUCCUGGCGCAAUCCGAAGGAAUCGUCCUACUAG